AUGGUUCCGACAGUAACAACUGCAUCGAACAAACCAUCCUCGACCAAUCUACAAGCUCCAGUCUUCAUCGACAAACCAGGACGUCUGUCACCUCGUCCUAGUUUCACAUCCAACAGACCUUCGUGGAUCGGACCACAGCACGAAGCACGUUCACUCGCUUCCGGAUCCUCCAACAUGGCACAGAAAGAAGAAAUUCAGUACAGCCACCCUGGCCUCCAACCUCCUGUCUUCAUUGCUGGUUCCAUGUGCAAGCCGCAAUGGGAGCCGAUAGAGAUGAAGUACACAGAGAAGGAUGAUGGAGAACUCGAGUUCGAGCAUGAGUUUGAAGCAGAACCUGGAGAGUACCAGUACAAAUUCCGCCUCGGCCCUGGUGACUGGUGGGUGCUCGACGAAACUAAGCCGACUGGUGAGGCAGAAGCAAGUUUACAAGUGAAGGCGAGCAUUACUAAUGGUUGUACCUUAGUCGACGACGGAACAGGCAUUCGCAACAAUUUGCUUGUCGUGGAACCCAGGCCUCAACAACCACAAAUCACUAAGCCUCACGAAGCUGAAGUUCAACAAACAAGUCAAGAGAAGGAUGUGCCGAUGUCAAUACAAGUCACAGACACUCAAGACAAGCAUGCUGAGCUAGUGGACGACCUGGACGAUGAUGACGACAUCCCCGAGAGCGAGAAGAACCUCUUCAGGCAUGAGACUGUUCAGAUACCCGAAGGUACAGGCGAGAGCGAUAAAGAGGACGAAGACGUCGAGGAUGACGACGAGCAAGUUGAAGAGCCGCCGCUUUUCGAGCACGAAGUCGGUCCCCGCGUGGAUAGCCAAUUCGGUACACCAUCCAAGACCAACAACUUCAGCUUUGAUAAUGUCACCGAAUCACCAGUCGAGGUCGACGAUCCCGCCGACGAUGAGCGCGAUGCUCCUUGCCCUCUCUUCAGACAUGAAACUGGUACCUCGCAUGACACAGACCCCGACGAGGCACCGCUGUUUGCCCAUGAAAGCAUGUCUCCAGUCAUGUCCGCAACCCCUUUCUCGCCCUCAUCGCGCAAGCAACGCAAGCCCGAUCUUGAAGAUGUCAACGAUCCCUCCCUCGAACCAUUCCCUGUCGAUGAGGCUGGCAUCCAAGCUCGAAUUCAGCGUGUCGCAACGCGCCAUCGCGAAGAUGAAGUUGUGUUUGAAGGAACUCCUCCUUCGCCUUCCUUGGCUCAGACAAAGUCUUUCUCGCCUCAGGCUCAACCCGACCUAACGCGUAUUGAGUCUAGUGAUCUGAGUCAUCUUGACGCUAUCGACGAAACAGAAGAGACAGACGAACCAGACGAUGUACCCGCCGAAAAGCUUGCCGAAAAGAAGGAUUCUUUGGUACAACCUGUCCCCAUUAACAUCCAGGUUCGGGAUGUUUCCGAGGUCGACAAUAACCCUGCAUUCACCGAGGUUCCAGAUGUUUCGAGUCGAGGACCGCCUACACCACCAAUGACUCCUACGGAACAUGUCACAGCCAAGGCUGCACCUCACGAUGGAGCAUCCGACUCAAAGGAAGCGCCCGUUCCUGUGGCAAGCCCUCGCUCCCGUGAAGACAAUGCCACAGAUCACAUUUCAAACCGCCCCGCACCUUCAGAGGCUUCAAAGGCUGUCAAGCCCUCCAAACGGGAUGAUGUAGAACUCAGCUUUGCUUCGAAGGCAUGUAUCUGGUUCAUCGGUCUCUGUGGUGGUAAAAUGCGUGCAGCGUAA